AUGAAAAAAUUGUUUCUACUUUUGUUCCUAAUCACUAUAACUCAUGUUUGGUCAAAAGGCUGUGUAAAGCGCUUCUACUGGCGAGAAUCGUUUGUCUGUGUGUGUAACUCAACAUAUUGCGAUGAAAUCGAAGAAGUCGGCCAAAUUAAAGAUGAUCAGGUGGCCAUAUACAGCACCGACAUGAAGAGGGAUAGAUUAACCAGAACUGAAAGUAAAUUUGAAGAACCUGGAGGUGGGUUUUUAAUUCUUUUAAAAAUAUUUUUUAUUUUUUCUGAAAUGUUUGGUCAUGUUGUUACCUAAAAUUUUUUUUUGGGUUUAAAGCAAAGUUUUUUGAAAAGUAAUAUUAUAGGUUUUGUAGGGCAUAAAAUGGUCUAUGUUAUCCUUAAGUUUUGUCUAAAUGUUUUGUUUGAUUCAAAAGUUACGACCAGUCAAAGACAGAAAGAGAUCCAAGUUUCCAAGCGGAUUCGAACUUUUUUUCAUUUUUUACAUUUUCAAUCGGUCAUAACUUUGUUCUAAACUAAAAAACACGCCUAAAACUUAAGUUAUUAUAGUCUUUUUAUCUACUUACUUAAUCUACAAGCUUUGUCUUAUUUUAAAAUGGCAUUUUUUAAUAAUUUAGGUAACAAAGUUAACAUUUUCGCUUAAAAAAGUGAAAAGUUUUGGGAUUUUGAAUUAUUUUUUAAAUAUUUUAGACCAUUUCAAACCAUUUUUUAUUACAGAAAAGCUGAUAAAAGUAACGAUAGAUCCAAGUAAAGAACGUCAGAAGAUCAUUGGGUUCGGUGGAUGUAUUAAUGAUGCUGUUGUUUAUGCCAAAACUGAUGAACUUGAACAACAACUUCUUGAUCAAUAUUAUUCAAAGAGAGGCGGGUUGCUUUUAUUUACCAUAUCUAUCAAAAAGAAUGUCUCCUUGGCAGUAAAAAUAGUUUUUUUUAUGAAAGGGCAGGUCAUUGUGGCGUUAGAAAAGUCUUGUCGCUUAUUUUUAUUGGUUUGCAGGGGUGGAAACGAUAAAACUUUUUAAAAGGCGUUACAUAACGAUAUUUUACAUUACGAAGAGGUUUCCUGCUCUACCUUACUCUAUGCUACCCUACCCUACUCUAUUCGACCUUACUUUUGCCCUACUUUUUAGGUAUUGAAUAUUCAGCCAGUCGAGUACCAAUAGGUACGAACGAUGCGUCAAUCCAAGAAUGGACCUACUUGGACACUCCGGAAGACUAUGAGUUAAAAACGUUUUCAAUGGACAAAGAUCCAAAGAAGGACAUUAUUAAGAAGAUUUAUGGCAUCAACAACAAGAUCAAGUUGUUUGGGUCAGCUUGGAGUGUACCAGCUUGGCUAAAGGAUACAGGGAAACUGACUGGCUGUGGGAGUAUUAUUGGUCCUUUGAACAAACAUCAUUAUGUUGUCUAUGCCAAGUAUUUGGAAAAGUAAGUAUUUUUAGGCGAUAUUUUUUUGCCAGGGGUAAAAAAAAUUUUUUUAGGGUGGGGGGGGGGAUAAAAAAAUUUUUGAAAAUGAACUUGAAGACUGUUUUUAAUUUUUUUUUGAAAAAAAUGUAGUUUGAGUCAAAAAAAAAGUCUUGUCGUCAAUUACCACAGGCUGUAACGUGAAGAAACGACAAGGCUUUUUUUGACAUUUUUAUAAUAAAAAAUGUUUAAAAAUUGCAUUUUAUUUCAAAAUUAAUUGCAAAGGUCGUAUUUUACCUUGUUUUAGAUUUCUAGAAGGCUACUUUAAUCUAGGAGUGCCGUUUUGGGGUCUGACUAUUAUGAAUGAACCUGGAAAUGUCUACAGAAUUUGGCCUGGAACUUACUUGUCUCCAGAAUAUCAACGGUAAUUUAAGCUUCAUUUUACUUUUUUUAAACGUACAUUUAGGGUAAAGCUUAGUAGAGGAAACGUUUAGGUAAACUAGAGCAUGGGUAGGGUAAAUGUAAAGAAUAUGAUAGGAUAGCUUUAGGUUGGGUAAGAUAGUGUAGAAUAGAGUAGAGCAAAAUUUGGAAAGUGGUGAAAAGUAGGCAGGGAAGAAUAGGAUAAGACAUGGUAAGGUUGGGUAGCUUAGGGCAGGGUAAGGUAAAUCUUUGGCAGGGUAAAACUUAAGCAUGGUAAAGCUUGGGUAGGGUACAGCUUGAGCGGAUUAAGUUUUGGACAAAGUAAAACAUGAACAGGGUAAAGCUUUGGCACGGUAAGGCUAAGGUAAGGUGGAGCUUGUGGAGGGUACCGCUUCUGAAGGGUAAGGCUUGGGGAGGUUGGGUAAGGUAGAUUAUGGUAGGAUAGGGUAGGGCAAAGUAGGGGAAGGUAGAUUAUGGUAGGAUAGGGUAGGGUAGGGUAGGGUAGGGUAGGGUAGGGUUGGGUAGGGUAGGGUAGGGUAUGGCAUCUUUUUUUUGAAUCUAAUAUUUUAGAGACUUUGUAAAGGAGAAACUAGGCCCAAUUUUAAAACACAAUUGGAUCACAAGAAAUGUCACCAUGAUUGCACACGAUUGGGACCGGAGUUUGAUAUACGACUAUGCCAAAACUGUAAGAUUUGUUUUUAAAAAAAUUUUUUUUUGAAAUUUUAUAAAAUAAAAAAUAUUUUGAGUAUGGUAAUAUAAAAAUUGAAUUUUUUUUUGCCAUUUUAGAUAUACCAAGAUAAAAACACAUUAAUCGAUGGUCUGGGCGUUCAUUGGUACUCUAAAGGCGAAUGGGAGAAGCUGGAACAAACUCAUGAGUUGAGGCCUGACAAGUUUAUAUGGGCUACUGAAGUAGGUUUUCAUUUUGAAAUUUGAAAUUUUAAAAAACUUUUAAAUUUCAAAAAAUUUUUCAUUUUUUUAAAAUUUUAAUUUUUGGAAAAAAAAUUUUAGGCUACAGUAGAAGGUCUAGGCCACGAAUUUGGAAGCUGGGAGAAUGCUGAGCUGUAUGCUGAUGACAUUAUCAACAACUUGAGAAGAUAUGUUGGCGGAUGGGUGGAGUGGAGCUUGUGGACUGACAUUCAAGGAGGGCCAAGCUAUGUUGGCAAUUUUGUUGGGAAUUCAGUAGCUGUGAACGCUACUGGCAAAGAGUUUUACAAACAACCACAGUUUUACAUCCUUGGGCAUUUUAGGUAAGGUUUUAUUUCAAUCCAGCCCCGAGCCCUACCCCAGAGUCCUAUCCCAGAUAUCUAGCUCAGAGCCCUAGCCCAGAGCCCUAGCCCAGAGCCCUAACCCAGAGCCCUAGCCCAGAGCCCUAACCCAGAGCCCUAGCCCAGAGCCCUAGCCCAGAGCCCUAGCCCAGAGCUCCAGCCUAGAGCCCUAGCCCAGAACCCAAGCCCAGAGCCCUAGCCCAGAGUCCUAGCCCAGAGCCCUAGCCUUAGCUUUAUCCCCGGCCUUAGCUCUGUCUUAGGCUUAGCUCUAGCUUUAGCAAUAACCUUAACAGUAGCCUUAGCCCGAGCCCUAUCUUUAUCCCCAACUCUAGUUCCGUCCUAACCUCUACCCUAUCAUGCCUAUCCUACCUUGCUCUACCUUACAGUUCCAUAUCAUAUUCAGCUUGCCCUACCGUAUUCAAAGGCAUUGGUAGUCUUGUUUUAAGCUUUCUUUUUUACCAAAGCCUCAGUCUUACUGUAAGCUUGCCGUAAUCACAAUAUCUUUACCUUCUUCUAAGCUAGCCUUAAAUUUAAAAAACAAUUCAUUUUAGUAAAUUCCUCCCACCAGAUUCCAUCGUAGUAGAUACUGACCUAGACGGCCUGAACAAUCCAGAUAGUCCUGUGCUUGGCGUUGCUGCCAGAACUCCAGACAAUAAUAUUGCUUUUGUUGUAUUCAAUCGACAUGAUUCUACUACAUACAAUCUUGGAAUUGAUUGUAGAAGAAAAGAUGGUAAAAUCAUUAAAUUGGCAGUAAAACCACAUUCUAUUAAGACUGUCAUUUGGAAAAAUACGUCAUAA